AUGGCGGUGAACUUCAGUCAAGCAAAAAUUGACGAGUUCAAAGAAUGUUUCAGUUUCCAUGCCAAAAAGAACAUCAUUACUGAUGCAGAAGAAUUGUCCUUGAUUAUGCGUUCCUUGGGUUAUAGUCCAACCAAAAUGGAAGUCUCAAAAUACUUCCAAAAAUACAUGAAUGAGGAGAGAUGCCUGAAUUUUGCCCAGUUUUUGAAGUCGAUGGGGGAACACAGCCAAGUGGAGAAACCUGAAAAAGAAAUUCUGGCAGCUUUCAAAGCUCAUGACAUGAAAGGUACCGGUUAUGUCCCUGCUUCAGAUUUAAGACAUAUUCUUCAAAACUUGGGAGAAAAACUCACUAAACAAGAAGUGGAUAACUUAUUCCAUCAAUUUGGAGUUUCUCCUAAUGGUCUGUUGUGUCUAAUCGGAAUAGUCAUAUUUAGUUUUUAUAAAUUAAAAUGUCUUUGUUGUGUAAUUGAAUAUACUGUAAAAAUUUGUUUCUCCUCCUUCUUUCUCUUCUACCCACUCUUCCUUCUCUUCUUCUACUUCUUUCUCUUUUACCCUCUCUACCUUUUCCUUCUCCUCCCCUCCUUUCUCUACUUCUCCCCCUCUUUUUAUCCUCCUCACUCUUCCUCCUUUUGCUUCUACUACUCUUCCUCUUACUUUCUUUCCUGCCCGCUCUUCCUCUUACUUCUCCUACUUCUUACUCUCCUACCCUCUCUACCUCUUCCUUCUCCUCCCCUCCUUUCUCUCCUCCUCACUCUUUUUUACUUCUCCCCCUCUUUUUCUCCUCCCCACUCUUCUCCUCCUUUCACUUCUACCCACUCUUCUCCUCCUUUCACUUCUACCCACUCUUCCUUCUUCUUUCUUCUUUCUCUCCCCACUCUUCCUUCUUCUCCUCCUUUCUCUCCUACACACUCUUCCUUCCGUUCCUUUUUUUCUUACUCUUAUUUCUCCUACUUGUCUUUCUCUCUCACCCACUCUUCCUCCUCCCACUCCCUUUUCUCCAAACCAAUCUUCCUUUUACUUCACCUCCUCUUUCUCUCCUACCUACUCUUCUUACUCCUUCUCCCACCUCCUCCCUCCUCUCUAAUAUUUGUCUAA